AUGGUAGAUCAAGGCAGUGGGAUAGAGAUUAUGUAUCCUGAUUUGUAUAACAGAUUGGGUUUGAAACUUAAGGACUUGAUAACUUAUGAUUCGCCUCUGGUAAGCUUCAACGGGAAAGUUGUUAUUCCAAGGGGCCAGAUUCGACUACCCGUACAAGCAAGAUCAGAGGUGGUGAAGGUGGAUUUUAUUGUAGUGGAUGCUUAUUCUCCCUACACGGCCAUUGUAGUAAGACCUUGGCUUCAUGCCCUAGGAGCCGUUUCCUUCAUUCUGCAUUUAAAGGUGAAAUAUCUGUCUGAGGACCUGAUUGAGGAGUUGGUCGGAGUUCAGCUGCCUCCUCAGGAGAAGGAAGAGCUUAUAGAGUUUCUUAAGAGGAACAUUAACGUGUCGCAUGGAGUGCUUACGAAGCUCCUAGGGGACUAUUCUAAUGCUGUCAAGGACGAGAUGACAAAACUUAAGCAGGCUGGGGCUAUUAAAGAGGUGUUUUACCUCGAGUGGAUAGACAAUACUGUGGUGGUGAAAAAGAAGAGUGGAAAGUGGCGAAGUAAAGUGGUGUCCGAGCAUGUGGGAGACCUUAGGGAUAUUUUUGAGAUACUGAGGAGACACAAAUUGCGCCUUAAUGCUUCCAAAUGCUCCUUUGGUGUGGGAUCAGGCAAAUUUCUAAGCUAUAUGGUCACUAAUUGUGGAAUUGAAGUCAACCCUGAUCAGGUUAAGGCAAUUAACAGUCUACAACCACCUCGGAAUCCUAAAGAAGUCCAGAACCUAACUGGAAUGACUGCUGCCCUGAAUUGA